AUGCACCAUAACGUUGGAUGCCGAUAAACCCCACAGAAGAGCGUCAGCUGUAUUGACCAUGUGACAUUUGAAGAUGGCUGCCUGCAUGGAGAAAAAAAGAAUUUCAGAUGAACAGGAGUGGAUACUGGAGCCUCUGUGUUUCCCUGAGCAGCCUGCUACGGACAUCGGCACCAACUCAUCCUCUCAUCAUGACAUGGAGGUGGUGACCUGUGUGCUCUGCUCUCACUCCGCCACUUUGUUAGAGAAGGACCGCCUCCUAAAGCACCUAGUACUGGAGCACAAGCUGGUCAUCGCUGAUGUCAAACUCAUUGCUGACUUUCCUAAAUACAUGCAAUAUUGGAAGAACAGAAUCUCUGAGCAACCCAUCACAGAUUUCUGCAGUGUGAUCAAGACUAACUCGCAGGGCCCUGUUGAAAAACAGGAGCACUACUUCCUUCUGUGUGAUGUCCUGCCAGAGGACAGGGUCCUCAGAGAACAUCUCCAACAGAAACGACUGGAGGAGAUCCUGGAGCAGCAGCAGAGGGAGAGGGAUGACGACAGCUUCCAGCGCAUCUGCAUGUUCUGCAAUGACCAGUUCACUGGGAACAGGUCGUCACUGCUCAACCACAUGGCCAGGGAGCACUCGUUCAGCGUGGGGCUGCCUGACAACAUAGUGUACUGCGUAGAGUUCCUGGACCACCUACAGAGCAAACUGGAUAAUCUGCAGUGCCUGUAUUGUGAGAAAACAUUCAGGGACAAGACGACACUGAAGGAUCACAUGAGAAAAAAACAGCACCGCAGAAUCAAUGGCAACAACCGCGAGUACGACCGCUUCUACAUCAUCAACUACCUGGAGCUGGGGAAGACAUGGGAAGAGGUCCAAUCUGAGGAUGAUCGGGAGAUGGUGGAGGAUGAAGAUGAUGAUUGGUCAGACUGGCAGGCUCACCCAGUGUGUGCUGUGUGCCUGUUCUGUGAGCAGCAGUCAGAGAGCAUGGACAAGAUCUACACACACAUGGAGGAAACCCACAGAUUUGAUCUGCACAAGUUGAAGACAGAUCUCAAUCUGCGGUUCUACCAGCAGGUCAAACUGGUCAACUAUAUCAGACGAGAGAUCCACCAGUGCCGUUGCUAUGGUUGCCAGGAGAAGUUUGGCUCCAAAGCUGAGGUUAUACAUCAUGUAAUGGAUGCAGGUCACGUGAUGCAGCUACCAGAGACGUCAACCUGGGACCAACCACAAUAUUAUUUCCCCACCUAUGAGAACGAUGCCCUCCUCUGUGCCUUGUCGGACAGUGAGAGUGAAUCAGAACACACAGGCCCUUGGGGAGACGUCCCUGUCAUAGCUGAGGACAUCUCUAACCUGAGAGCCCUGAAGCAGACCAGCGUCCUCAACCACCUUCUGAAGAACACGGACAGCUCUAGUUAAAAAGCUGAUGAUGUUAUAUCAUCUCAGUGGAGGCUGCUGAGGGGAGGACGGCUCAUAAUAAUACCAUGGAAACCAUGUAUUUGAUAACAUUCCACCUAUUCCGCUCCAGCCAUUACCAUGAGCCCGUCCUCCCCAAUUAAGGUGCCACCAACCUCCUGUGAAAUGUGUAUGCCUAUGGUCUGGACUCAGAGGGACACAGUACAACAACUUUUCUCACCUCUGAAUCUCAACAAGACACUGAUGCUCAUCAGACCAGCAGAAAUGAACAUGGCCUGUUUCAGAAGAUAAUUUCCUGAGCCUGGACUACGUUUAUGUAUGAUUUAAUAUGCCAUACUUGGUACUAAUUACCAUGUGCAACAUACCGGCAGAUGAAUUUAAGUUUCAUACAGUAUAAUGAUUGCUGACAAAUGUGACCUCAAAGGCAGUUUAUUUAUGUUUCAGCAACUGACUGCAGAGAUGUGUAACAAUUGCUGAAUGUAAAUAAACAUGAUGAAUAUACUGUAACCGCUGGUUCCCUCUCAUUUAGCUUGAAUAUACAAUAUGUGUAUGAACACAACACUAUUAUUUUCUAAAAACCCUGAGCUGCAGUAAAGUAAAAACAUUCUACAGAUGAAAUUGGAAUCUGUCUGACUUAGUAGAGAGGAGAUAGACUGACUUCCAUUUUAACAUCUAGUGCUUUUUGUCAGCCUUCGUGGUCUUAGCAUGAGUGAUGUGUUGUGUGGCUUUGCCCAGAACCAGCUGCCGUAUAGUCGACCCCAAACUGCAAAGUGGUCAGUGUCUCCACCACGUUGUUCACAUCAGGACUCGCACUAAAACAGAAAACACAUAGAAGUAACACGUUUUGGAUAAGUAAUACGUCCAGUUAAAAUACAUCACAUUAUCAAAAUCAUAUUAAUCAGAUAAGCAAUGAAUCCUGUCAAGACAUAUUUCAAAAUAAAUAUUUGGGAAUGUC